UAUUAUGAAUGGAUCGGAAGUUCAAAUAUGAUUUUAGUUAUCACCCUUCAUCUUUUCCCUCUGUCCCACAUGUCCGCGUAUAUUUCGUUGAUAAAGACCAAGCUCCUGUCCCAGCUUCAUUGGACCCAUCCUCCCCAUGCUCCCUUAUUAGCAACAGUCUUUUAGAUACAUUACCAUGUCUCAAAGAUUUGGAGGAAGGUGAGCCCUUGUACUACCCAUGUCCCCCUUGUCGCUCCAACCCUCAGCCUACUUACUCAGAAUGGACUGUAACUACCCCCCUUAGUUUAGGUUUGAACCUGGAUCAUAUAUCCUGUACAUUACAUGCUGUGGAUGAUCUUAAGCCCAACAUUGUCCUAGGCGCAGAUUUUCUUUCUAGAUUAGAAGAUGAAUAUGUAGUCACAGAUAACAUUUCCCAAUGCCUAUUCAUUGACUCUGUCAGGAUUCCCUUCUUGUCCCGCACUGAGGUAGAUCAUUAUGAUCCUAUUGAGGACAUACCAGCUUUGUAUUUCAGAGAUUGCGGACCUCCGGUUCUCGGAACAAGUCCCAGCACACCAACCACUUCACCCCCUCAUCCAUGUACAUCUGCUGCAUACCUGUAUGAUGUAGAUCAUGCAGGUCAAUAUUACCAUCACGAUGUCUAUUUCCCUCAGAAUAUUGAAACCUCCUCUCCUUCAGUUCCUUCUCCUGCUCCUCUCUCUCCAUCUCACCAUCUCCCUGACGACACCUCAUCCCAAUACCUUUCUCCUAACCCCUCUCAAACACCCCUUCUCUCUCAACUUCCUGGCCCGUGUCAUUCUGAUGAGACUCCCCCUCUUUCUGAGGUCCUCCCUAACACUAAGUGUGCACCCAUUACAUCCUCUCCUCCUGCACUUACUCCUCUUCCUCCCCCAACACAUUGCAUCAUUAUCAUUGAUGCAGAAAAUGACAAACCUGAUUUGGAUGCAUGUUCUCCAACUCUCCACACACCUGUGUCCCCUCGGCUCACUCCCCUGGACCAGCCUUUAGCCCCUCCUAUCCUCACCCCUGCCCUAUCAACCCCAUCCUCACUUGAACCUCAACGUUUGACCCAACCGUCCCUUUCCCAUUCCUGUAUAUCUUCCGACAGUCUUCUUUCCCUCCCACCAUCUCCUACUCCACAAGCUACUCCUCCUUCUCCUCAACCUCCACCCCCUUCCCCGCCUCCCCCUCCUCCGCCGCCUAGCCCUGAUAACACAUCUCCUCCAGUCGCACCUUUGCUAACUGUUCUCGACAAUGAUCUAGGUUCGUUUCUCCCUCUUGAUCAGGUUAAUGCCACUCCCAAGAUUGAUAUUGGUCCACCCAAUCUCCCAAUUGUAUCAUUGGAUAAAGUUGAGAGGAGCACCUUGAUUAAUUUCAUUGGAUCUAAAUCGACCCAUUCUUGCAUUCAAGACAAUGAUACCCUACUUGGUACUCCAAGCUUCUUGCCACGAGCAAGUUCCAUCUUUGAUUCACUUUGUCGUCUCACUUCCAUCAUUUCCACUGACCCACUCCCCUCCUCUGCUCUCCACCAUGGGUUUACUCCUGUCAUACUCCCUCAUGGUCCUGGUCCCCCUCUUAUCCCAUGUUAUUGA